AUGGCUGGGUCAGGAGGGAGUGAUCUUAGAGCUCCAAUAUUCAAUGGGGAAAACUCUGAGUUUUGGAAGAUUCGAAUGAGAACAAUUUUCAAAUCUCAUGGAAUCUGGGAUUUAGUUGAGAAAGGGCUUCAAGAUCCAGAUUUAAAGGGGAAGAAGGUUGAUGAAGAAGGGUUAUCGGAGUCAGAGAAGGUGUCUUUGUUAAUGAAGGAUGCUAAGGCUCUUGGUAUUAUCCAAGGUGCUGUUUCAGAUGACAUUUUCCCCAGAAUCUCAAAUGAAGAAACCUCAAAAGGUGCUUGGGAUAUCUUGCAUCAGGAGUUUCAUGGUGAUAAGCAAGUCAGAUCCAUCAAGUUGCAGGGUCUGCGUCGUGAUUUUGAGUACACCAGGAUGAGGGAUGAUGAGAUCUUGUUUGGGUACAUCACUCGGUUACUUGAGCUUGUAAAUCAGAUAAAGGGAUAUGGGGAAGAUCUGACCAAAGGGAGGAUAGUUCAGAAACUGCUAAUAAGCUUAACCAAGGAGUUUGAUCCAGUCUGCUAUGUGAUUGAGCAAACUAGGGACAUUGAAACCAUUGAAGUGCAGGAGGUAAUUGUAGCAUUGAGAGGAUUUGCUCAGCGUCUUGACAGACAUGCUGAAAGCACCACUGAGAAAGCUUUCAGCAGCAUGAGCAUAAACUCAAAAGGAUCUCAGUCAAGUUCUAGUCCUGGCACUAAUAAAUCAAAGAAGAACUGGAAGUCCAAGGAUAAGAAAUGA